CUCUACGUCUGUUGUCUGAUCGCAGCAGUUCAGUUUUUUUCUUUCUUUCUUUCUCUGUGAUCAUCAGAAACAAUGUUGGACUACGAAUGGGGAAGCCCUUCUUCCAUGGUGCUCACAAGCGACCAUCUUCAAGAACCGAACCGCCCGGUUUUACACCCCUACGCCCAAACCGGUUACGCCUUCAGCCCGGUCGAGGCGCACUUCGCCGCCGCCGCCGCCGGUCAGGAUCUGCAGAUGAACCAGAACGUCAACGUACAGCAUUUCGCCGGUUUUCCUGGACCGGCGUCGUCGUACUACCCGCAACCGGCCUCGAUGCUGUCCCUCGAACCGGCCGGUUUUGUAAUGGCGCCGAAGACCGAGCCGGGGUUUGAGUUUAACGGCCGGAUCGGACUGGACUUGGGCGGGAGGACUUACUUCGCCUCGUCGGCGGAUGGGGAGUUUGUGAACCGGGUUUACCUCCGGUCGAGAGGGGUUGAACCCGGUUCGGUUAAUGUUCCCCGGUGCCAGGUGGAGGGCUGCUCCGCCGACCUCAGCCACGCCAAGCACUACCACCGGCGGCAUAAGGUCUGCGAGUUCCACUCCAAAGCCGCCACCGUCGUCGCCGCCGGUCUGACCCAGCGGUUCUGCCAGCAGUGCAGCAGAUUCCAUCUCCUGUCGGAAUUCGACAACGGGAAGAGGAGCUGCCGGAGAAGACUCGCCGACCACAACCGCCGGCGCCGGAAAUCGCACCAAACAAAUCAAGACACGAUCAAAUCUCAAAUUAUCAGCAACAGUCCCGCCGAAGCAACACAAAGGCCGCCGCCGCCGCUUGCGCCGCCGACGGCGGCGGCGCCGUUCACCGGGUCGUCUAUUGUGACGGUGGCGAUUUCGCCGGCGAGAUCUUCAGCGGAGUGCUCUUACAACGGCGGCUGCAGCUCCGGGGAGCCGACAAGUUCGCUUUUUUAUUAAGUUAUUAUUAAUAAUUAAAUCAAAUCAAAAUUAAAUUAAAUUAAAUUAAAUAGGGA